CUAAUCCGGCGCAAGUUUCAAAAGUAAAACCGUGGACAGUGUCUUCUGAAACGAUUCAAAUGGCUGAACCAGAAUCACCGAAGUCGCCCUCUCCAAAUGCUUUAGAGGUGGUUCCUAGUAUAAAUGUGUCUGGUCCAACACCAACACAUUCACCUGAUAAUAGCUCAGAUGAAGAGACAAUGUUGGUAAAAAGCAGUCAUGUAGAGCAACCAGAAGAACAUGUAGCAGAUGGCAGUGUUGGAAGUGAUGCUUCAACUAUAGGAAAUAAGUCACAGGAUGAUGUUAUAAGCAAUAAUGUAGACGGUGGAGUGGAUACGGAUAAAGAAAAUGAACAUAUAGAUAUCAUAUCCCAAGAUGAAAUGAAUGUUAUCACUCAAGAUGAAACGCCUGGUGAUGGUGAUAGAGAUGCAGAUGAAGUUGAAAACAAUGUACACAUUGCAGAUGAUGGUGAACCAUGUAAAGAUGACAGUGAUGUUGCAACAGAUGCUGUGCCGUGUGAAGGUGGCCCACCCAGUACCAGUUUUGAUUCCGGUAUUGCAGGGAGCUUGGCUGUAACUGGUGCUUCCUCAACUACAACUGGUGAUUACAUGACAUUACAAAGUGCAGGUGAUGAAGAUAGUAAGAUAGAUGAGAUUGAUGAAAAAGAAGAGGAAGAUGAAGAUGCCGCUUCAAUUGAAACACCAGAUAUUGAUUUCAGUCAGCUCCAUGAGAAUGAUGACAUAGACUUUACUAUUGACACAGAUCAGUAUGUUCAAGAAGGCCUUCCACCACAACUUGGUAAUUUCAUGCUUUUCUCUGGCAUGCCACCUUGGGCUCAAUCCUCUGCCUCCCCAAUGGGCUCUCUUUUAGCUGAUAUAAUAAAUGCUCAAAUUGAUGAAGAUGCUAAAAAUGCUGAUCUACACAGAGAAGCAGAGGCACAACAAAAACAUGUUGAUGACAUCAGAAAAGAUGAAGAGGCAAGUUUCAAACACGCCGAUUCAGAAGAUGAUUUGGAAAGCAUUGUGGAGCAGCAAGAGAAAUGGCAAGAUCUUGUGAGGCUAUUAGAACAACAACACCAACAACAAGUACUGAUGCAACAAGAUCAGCAUAAUCAACAAUUAAAACUGAUCCAAGCUCAGAUGGAAUUACUUAACAAUAAAAAAAAGAAACGUCAUACCAAGCAUGGAGUGGAAAAGGAGGAAGUUGAAACAGAGGAUAAAACAUCCAAAGAAUUGUCCAAGGAAAAUGAUGAAAAUGAAGAAUCAUCACAAAAAGAAAAAGAAGAUAAAGAAAAAACUAGGAGCUCAGAAGGUGUAGUUAACGGCAAUGAUGAUUUAGAUUUGAAUGGUCUAGACAACAUAGAUGAGUUAGAUACAAGUUUAACAGACUGGACUAAAAAACAACAGAAAUCUCCAACAUCAUCACCCCCUAAAGCAGAUCAGUUGAACAGUUCAGAAGAUUCAACGCUAUUUUCUGAUUUUACCUAUUGGAGAAUGGAUGAAAAAGAGACAUUUAAAGAUUUGCCUGAAGAUCUAGGCUCUAAGUCAGAAGAUAAGCAUGGUGAUGAUAAAGUAACUAGUACUCCUAAGAAAGAUGCAGCUCUACACAGAUCAUUUUCAUCACCAACUUCACUUUCUGAUGCAUUUCUCAAUUCAAGUCAAAGGUUGACACUUCGUGAAAAACAUGCACGUCACAUGGCAGAUCUGAGGACCUAUUAUGAAAGAGAAAUUAAAGAAUUGAAGGACCAACUAGAAUCAUCGUCAGAUAUCAAAUCUAAGACUCCCUAUAAAAGAUUGGAAAGAAACAAUGCUAAGCUGAAAGAAAGAUGUGAACGAUUGGAAAUAGCACUGAAGUCUGCAAACAGUCGAAUUGAAGAGUUGGAAACCUCAGUACUCAACUUACAAAUACAACUAACAGAUGGUGCUGAGAGGUAUGAUGUCGCUGUGGGUACAGUCAAAGCAUUAGAACAAAGAAUUGACAAUUUAAAACUAUACUGUAAACAAAAAGAAGGACAGAUUCAGAGAAUGGAGCAACGAAAUCAUGACUUAGACAUGUCAUUGCAUGAAUCCUAUAGGUUACAAGAUGAGCUCACUGCAAGGGGAGAAAGUAGAAGUCAAGAAAUGCUGCAAAAGCUCAUGUUAGAAUAUGAAGCCCUUGGCAAAGAACAUGAAAACACAAAAUUCCAUUUAAACAAAACAGAAACAGAAUUGUAUGAUUCUAAAGCAGAUUUGGCUAAUCAUAAAAGGAGAAUAAGCAAAUUAGAGUUGGAGGUGAAGAGGCUAGAUCAUGAGAAUGCAGUAAUGAGAGAAACUGGAUUAUCACCAACAAUUAGUUUAUCCAGAUUAAAGGAAAGAUUAGCAGAAACUAAGUCAUCCACAGGAUCUGUAAGGAAGUGGUUACAACCAAGCGUAGAUUAUAAUAUGUUUACUGGUCAAGAUCAGUCGCACAGUCCAUUAAGUACAAGCUUACUGAGUACAAGCAGAUUAAGCUCAUCUGGAGGAAGAAGUGGGAACAUUUCUGGUCAGAGCAGCCUAUUUGGAGCAACUAAUGGAUAUGAUUCGGCAAGACCCUCCUCCCCCAUGAUCAGAGCAGCAGCUCAGAUGGACAAGUGGAAGAAAGAUGACAAAGUCAGACCAAGAAAAUUUUCUCCAAAAACAUCAACACCAUCUCCUGUAAAAUCUGAUCUCUCUCCAUCGUAUGCUAAGUUGCCAACUACUUGUACUACCCCAACUAAGUCUAGUAGUUUCAACAGAACUCCAAGGUCAAGUCCCAGGCCUGCAUCUUCACCGGGUAGAUCUUUGCUGACUCCAUCAGUGGAGAUAUCUCCAAGGUUUAAAGGUUUAAUGGAUAAAGAUAAAGGCAAUGCAACCCGAUUCGAUGUCAAUUUAAAUAAUAUUGAAAAACCUGUGAAAGAUGAGAGUCCUAAAAGGAGAGGAGACAGUAGCCCAGCUAAAGACUGGUUAUUAGAUAGUCAGUCACCGAAUACAAAUAAUAAAGUAAAUACGCCCGAGAAAUCCAAGUCGCCCAAGUCCAAGUCACCCGGUGCUGCUGGCAUCACAAGAUUAGAUUUCAGUAACCUGUCAGAUAAUGAUUCAUUAUUAGAUUCUACAUUAGACAAAGUAAAGUCUGGUGUUUAUACUGCUAGUCCAGCAUGGGAAAAGAAACCAAAGAAAUCCAAGAGUCCAGAAUCAAAAGACUACAAAACUGUGCACAAUUCAGAUGCAGCAAUCAUGGAAAGAAUCAAGAAAGUCAAAGAAACAGAGAGAAAAUUAGAUGAACUGAUUGCAGAGAAAAACCAGUUGGAAUCCACAUUAAGUCGUCUACCCCACUCUGGACCCAGGGCUACUUUGCAUACCAGACGUGAACAGCAAAGAAUAGAAGAGAGGCUGGACAACAUAUCCACUGAACUAGGAACCAUCAGAAUGACUUUGCGCAAAAAUUAUGUUAUCAAGACAUAAUGAAAGAAUGAAGGAAAUUAGUCUUUUGUUACUGUGAUUGUGAGCUGCCGUGUCUAUAAACUUGUUUGUUUGAAGGAUGAAAUUAUAAAUCAUCACCUAUAGUGAAUGUUUGAAACUAAUUUAACACAAAUCCAUCCUGUAUGUCAUCUUGAAAUGUGUGUGAAUUUCGGUUUUGUUAAUGAGUGGAAAUCUAGUGAAGUUUUGUUUUGUUUUUAUUUGCAAUUUUAUAUCUGUGUGAAUCAAGACAUUGUGAAAGUAAUCUAAGGUGGUUAGAUAAGAUUGCAAUAUUUUCAAUAAGUGAGAAGUCU